UCCAUCAGGCCCUGCAUGUAACCCCGGUGAGAGCCCGUCGGGCCUGGCCUGGCCGUUCAUUCCGAGUGACAGCGUGCAGCUCCGACGAAGCAGGAACAUGUGCUGUGGGGGGACAUCCUUCCUGACGGGGAAAGCGUCCACAGCCUUCAGCAGGACCGCAGUCUGAGGAGCACUGAUCAAAGCGCCUUUGGGAACAGUCCUUUGAGACACCGCUGAGCUCUUGAGGGAGGCCCUGACAUGCUAAAGUGCACUCUCUCCGAGCUGUGGACAUGGGACAGAGCUACAAGAAGGAGCGCCCUUUGUUGUCUCGGCCCCCAGCGGAGAGGAAAUAGAGGCGGGACUUGGGAGGACUCUCGCUCUUCUAUUUCUGUAAACGUUCUGCAGCACGACUUCCUAUCCCGACUUCGUCAACCGUCGGCCAAGCUGCUGCCUCUCCACGCAGAGCUGGAUUCCUCCUUCCAGGAGAAAGUGUCUCCAGUGACAGUCCCCGACCCGGUCCUCAUGCUGCUGGGGCUCGUGCUGCUGAUGUGCGCUCCACCCUGUGAACCAGCCAGUGAAGUGCUGCUUCUGACAGCCAGGCCCUCUCGGCCCAAGGAGGGGAGCUCAAUGACCCUGACCUGUGAGGCACAGGCCGCUUCUUGGAAGCCAGACGCCCAGCCCCAGUUCUGUUUCUUCAGAGACAGCCAGGCCCUGUGGCAGGGCUGGAGCAGCUCCCCAGAGCUCCAGCUCCCCACUGUGUGGAGGGAAGACUCGGGGUCCUACUGGUGUGAAGCAAAGAUCUCAGAUCUCAGAGUCGCUCGGAGCCCCAGGAUUCAGAUACAGGUGCAAGACAACGAUGCGUCCAUGGUGCCAGGAAGAGGAUGUGGAAUACCCCCAGAAGGUUGGCUUUCGCGCCCUUGCUCAAAACUCUGCACUGGAGUCCCUGUCUGGAAUGUGAGCUUGGAGACACGGCCUCCAGGGGGACAAGUGCAGAAGGGAGAGAAGCUGGUUCUCGUCUGUUUGGCCACCCAGGGCACAGGAGACAUCACCUUCUCCUGGUACAAAGGGGCCCUGGGUUUGAACCUGGAAACAAAGACCCAGCGCUCAUUGGCCGCGAAGUUUGAGAUCCCGGCGGUGACGGAGAGUGACACAGAGAAAUACUACUGCAUGGCCGACAACGGCUAUGGCCCCAGCAUCAGCGAGCUGGUGAGCGUCACCGUCAGAAGUCCGGUGUCUUUCCCCGUCCUCACCCUCAGGGCGCCCGGGGCCCAGGCCUUCCCUGGGGACGUGGUGGAGCUUCGCUGUGAGGCCCAGAGCGGCUCUCCCCCGAUCCUGUACCGGUUUUAUCACGAGGAUGUCACCCUGGGGAGCAGCUCGGCCCCCUCUGGAGGAGGAGUGUCCUUCAACCUCUCUCUGACCACAGAACAUUCUGGAAACUACUCCUGUGAAGCCGACAACGGCCUGGGGCCCCAGCGCAGUGAGGCGGUGCCACUCAACAUCACAGUGCCUACGGAGGACAAGAAGGAACUUCUCGCCUCAGAAAUCCUUGAAGGGCUGCUUGGCACCCUUGGUCCCACCAUUAUGGCCCUAUUGCUCUGCUAUUGGCUCAAGAAAAGAAUAGGAAGACGUCCGGCCAGCGACCCGUGCAGGAGCCCUCCCAGCCCCACGCCACAGGUGUCCAACUACAUCAACUCAGCUGCCCCACUGCAGGAACAGUCUGUAUAUGAAAAUGUGAACGUCAUAAGCGGGGAAGAGGUCUACUCUUUGGUGUACCAUACGCAACAGGAGCGGCAAGCAGCGGAACCCCGGAGGACACAUACCACGGACCAGGAUGCUUCAGCCAUCUAUUUUAGGCUGAAGAAGGCAAGCGUUGCAGAUGUGGACUAUGAAGACGCUAUGUAAAGUUCUGGAAGAUUCUGCUCUUGGGAAACCAUCCAUGACCCCCAAGCCUCAGAACCAGUAUGUUCUUCAGGGAUCCUGGGGUAGUCUGCUUUCCAGGACUUCUCAUCCAGGUGCUUCCCCCCCAGAGACUAUUCCUGCAUCUACCAUGAAACGGAGGUGCUUCUAGCCCUGAAGAAACCACCCAAAGAACCACAAUGAAUGCAGGGGUGGGACCCGACUCCUACUGGUUGUUUUAGGCACAGGUCAAAUUGUGCUCUAGCUUCCUUCUCUGAGAGGAAACAGGGUGGGUGACCUUGGGGUGGAGGGACAGUGAAGCUCACUCAGAGUGCAUGGACACAAGGUUAGCGAUUCUGCCGGGCAGCUGCACACAGAGAUGGGUACAUGUCCUCUUGUCCAAGUACAGACAAGCUCUGCACUGAAAUCCAGAACAGAACUCCAGCCCCGACAAUUACAUGAUUCAUCCUGUUUCUGCAUAAAAUUUGUGACUCAGUGCAUUUGGGGUCACUGCUCCCAAAUUAGAAUUCAAACAAAGUUUCGUAAAGUUACUAUGGGUACAUUCAAUCUUAGUGACAUAUUUUGUAUGCACAAACUAACCUAGAUGCCCCCAUAUUUGUAACGAGAUACAAUCUUUGUAAGUUUCACCACACCCAAAGUUCUGUAUUUGUUGCACCCCUAGAAGCUUUAUGAAUAUAAUUUUUCUUCUUUUAUUCACAAACUUUAAAAUAUGUGGCAAUACAAUUUGGAGUCUAUGUUUUAAUUUUAAAACAAUUAUACACCAACUCUUACAAAUUAAAACAAUUUAGAAAUAUAUAAUGUAAAAUGUUAGAGACUUCCCUGUAUCUAACACCACGAGUGGUGUCCAUUGUUUAAAAACAGCAUUGUUAAUGAAAUACUAUCGUAAUAUAUUUUAAUCUUUUCAAUUGCUGAUGGACAUUAGGUGGUUUCCAAAAACUUUAUAUUACAAAACCAAUACUAAAAUAAAUGUUCUCGCACAAACGUAUUUCUGUGUUCCUGCUAAUCCAUCUGAAGGAUGGUGGUUUGGGUGGAGGGAGUCUCCCCAUGGGAGUGGCACAGUCCUGGGGUUCUGACAUCUCAGGGGAAACUCUCUAUUUCCCCCAGAGCUCAUAGAAAGACAAGGUUAAUUGUCAUUUCUGUGCUGGUGGGUGAAUGUUUUUCCCCACCAAGCCACUCUUUUAUUAAAAAGAAAGUCUUUUUAUGUGCUAUGGUGAGCACUGUGAAUUGUGUAAGACUGUUGAAUCACAGAUCUGUACUUCUGAAACAAAUAACGCAACAUAUUUUAAGAAAAA